CAAACAUUACAGACGUGAAGUAAAAGGAAAUGCGAUCACAUUGGAAGAUUUACAUUUCAGAUUACUUAGAAGUGAAUGUAACCAUGUCGCAUUGGUGGGCCCGCCUGGAUGUGGAAAAACAGUACUGUUAAAAAUAUAUGCCAAGAUGGUGCUUAAUAGACAAGUUCCUGCUUUACAUCACAUUGAAGUUGUUCAUUACGUAGAUGUAUCUAAACUUUAUCAAGAAGAAAUCCAACUACUUUUGCAAAUAUGCUGCUGGAAAGAAUGAUUGUUCUUACGGACGAAAAGAUUUACAAAUAUGGAAUGAAAUGGAUUACUGAAAACGAAGAAAAAAUACUAUUCAUAUUUGAUGGUGUCGCGGAUGUGAUAAAAAAUUUCCAUUACCCUAUUAGACGAAUUAAUAACCAAUCUGAAACAACAAUUGAAGUCGUUCUUCAAAAUUUCAUCGCGGGUUAUUUGUUGCCAGGAUGCAGGACACUGAUAUCUGCAAGAGAGUGGGCAUGGAAAAAUCUAAAAGGUGACUCCAGGCCUCAGAAAUUCGUUGUUGUAAAGCCAAUGACUGAAAAUCAGAAGGUUUCAGUGACAAAAUCAUUACUUCCAGUUCCAGGCUUGCAAGGAGAGGAAUUCAGUUUAUUAUUCGCGAGGCGGUUUCCAAUGGCUUUUCAACUUUUUGAUGACGUUUUGUUCCAGUAUUUUGCUCUGUCUGCUUUGAUGGAAGCAAACCAUUACAAACAGAAAGAAAUCGCCUCUGAUAUUUUGCUCGUCUCACAAAUGAUGCAACUAUUCCUCAGAUCUUCGCAUUCUUCCAACGAUGUAAUCGAAAGCAUAAGGAAACUCAAACCACUGGCACUUGAUUUGAUGAAACGUGGCAUUAUGAGGUUCGGAGAUAAAGAGAUCAAAAGUCAUGCGAUAGAAGACUUCCACAUGGCAGAUUUCAUAACAAUGGCACCACAGCAUAGACAUGGUGUUAUUUUUCGAUUGUUUCCUUGUGAUUUUUCCUACCAUUUUUCAAACCAAGUUAUAUUUGAGUUUUUUGCCGCUGCAGCCACAACAACUUUGAGUUUGGAGGAAUUCAAAGAAUUACUUUCAACUAAGCUUCAUACAGAUGAAUGGAUUGUUGUUAGAAAAUUUCUUUGUGGGUUUUUACUGAAUGAGAAAACAAGGAAAAAUUUAGCUUACUACGUUAAAUCACAACAGCACCAUAAUGAUCUUAUAUCAUCCUUAAAAUCAAGUUUAGCAGAGCAACUGCAAAUAGAGGGAUUAACUCAACUUCAACGCUUUGAACUCCUUGCAUCAUUGCAUGAAUGUGGAGAGUCUGUUCAAGAUAUUGUCAAAUCCUUUGUAAAAAUAAUAUCACUACCGGAUAUUUCGUUUUCUCCGAGUGACUUGUACAUCAUUUCACAAAUAGCAGAAAUUACUGAAGAACUUCAAAAAGUUGAUCUUUGUCUUGGAGAAGAUAUCAACCUGCAUGAAUUCAACCAUCUUCUGUCAAGAAUUGUGCCAAAAUGUGACAACAUAACUCUGAAUAUUGCAAGGUUUCACAUUGCAUUAGAACACAUUGAUAUCAUCAAGGAUGUACUUCAAAAGAACAAUAAUAAGGAAAUAUGGCUUUGCUUCCUGGUCCACGAAGAUACACCAGCUUUAAUAUUGGCAAGAUUUCCACAUUCUCGCUCCUCCUCGACACAGAGCCACGUAACAGUUGAACGUAUCACAGUACCUGAUGACGAGAGAAAUUAAGAUCCUCAAUGAGGUGUUCUCAUGCAGAAGAUUUGCUCUGUAAACCAUGAAUGUGGAAAACGCACCACGAAUACAAGCGAUGCAUAUACGAUGAUGACAUACAUUCUACACUUAUUCGUAGCAGAUUGCCAUUUCAUUUCGACCUUUUUUAUUUCAUAGA